UCGCGCGACCGUCUCCUCCCAUUUUCACUUCUGACUGCCUUCAACCUGCGACGCUUGAAACUCUCUUUCCGACAAGAUGUCGAAAACUGCAAAAAUGCAGAACGGUGGCUCUAAGGCGGAAGUACAAAAUACCGACGGGCGCAUGACGUUCCUGUUGUUCAUGUCUGUGUUCAUCUCUGUGUUCGGGUCGCCGUUCCAGUACGGCUACAGCACCAGCGUGGUCAACGCGCCCGCAGAGCUCAUGCAGAAUUUCUACAAAAAAUCCUUCUACAACUUCACCGGCGCUGAGCUGGCUGAUGACAGCCUGACCGUGCUGUGGUCCACAACAGUGUCUAUCUACUGUCUGGGUGGACUCAUAGGGUCUCUACUGGUGGGGCCACUCGCCUCAAAAAUAGGGAGGAAAGGCGCGAUUCUCUUCAACAAUAUCUUCUCUCUGUCGGCUGCCGCCUUGAUGUUUGGGGCCAGGUUUGCCAACUCCUACCACAUGAUCAUUCUGGGCAGAACGAUUGUGGGGAUCCACAACGGCUUGUCUAUCGGAGUAGUUCCCAUGUACCUGUCGGAGAUUUCCCCGCCCAACCUGAGAGGUGGAAUAGGCGUGACGUCACAGCUACUUACCACUAUCGGCAUCCUGGUGGCGCAAAUCCUCGGGCUGGAAUUCAUACUCGGCAAUGAAGACUAUUGGCACUACCUCAUGCUGGUUGGUUACGUCAUUCCAUCCGGGAUACAGCUGCUGAUCCUGCCGUUCCUUCCCGAGAGCCCCCGGUACCUGCUCAUCGACAAGGACUCUCCGGAGAAGGCUAAAAAGGUUCUGCAGAAGCUUCGUGGAGAGAAGGACGUGGAUGCCGUCCUGGACGACAUGAAACUUGAAGAUGAGAUGCAGAAGAAGGAACCGAAGAUGCACGUGUUCGCCCUGCUGAAGUCCCGCGCCCUGCGGUCUCAGCUCGUCUGCUGUGUGCUGGUCAUGGCGGGGCAGCAGUUCUCAGGCAUCAACGCCAUCUUCUUCUACUCGACGUCCAUCUAUGAGAAGGCCGGCGUGCCCAAGGAGUACAGUCCGUACGCGACUAUAGGAACCGGUGCCAUCAACGUGUUUAUGACCAUAGUCUCGGUUCUUGUGAUUGACAUCACAGGGAGAAAGGUCCUGCUGACGUGGCCACUCGUGUUCAUGACGUUGGCCUUCGCCAUUCUAACUGUAACCCAAGGCUUGUCUGAGUACCUGUACUGUGUAUGUGGCUGCUCUCAAGGGAUAAACCCUAACGCCACACUUGUGGGGGAUGUCUGCCAGUUCGUGAACCAAACAGGCACAUACGAAGAGACGAUAGCCAAUCUAAAUACAACGGAUCCAUACGCCUGGAUAGCCUACCUUAGCAUCGUCUUCGUCAUUCUGUACAUCAUUGCAUUCGCCAUUGGACUAGGACCGAUCCCUUUCAUCAUCACUACCGAGAUGUUCCGGCAGGGGGCGCGACCAGCUGCUAUGAUGCUCGUGGGCAGCACGAACUGGAUUUCAAACUUCAUAGUUGGUCUUCUCUUCCCACUAGCACAGGACAAGAUCGGUGCGUUCGUGUUCCUGUUCUUCAUGGUGGUGUGUGGCCUGACCACCGCGUUUGUCUGGAUCAAGGUCCCGGAGACGAAACACAAGACCUUCGAAGAGAUCCAGCGCUUAUUCGGCGGCCAAGACGACGAGACCGGCAACGACUGGGGCGUGGCGAACGACGGUUACAUCCCUGAUCCUCACAAGAAAAGCAGCAAGUACGCGAUCACAACGUCGCUGUAGGCUGAGCGGUUUUUGAGCGGUUUCGUGGGUAGUAGUUUCCACCAGACUGCUUUGCAGGAUGAAUAAAUAGUAGAAAUCGGCCUAAAGGGGAUAUCAUUAGCCUGCACGGCAAAUGGGCCCCGGUCUCUGUCCGGCCAAGUCUUUUCGACAAUAAUAUCCCAUUUUUAGGCCGAUUUCUACUAUUUAUUCAGCCUACAAAGGGAGUCUGGUGGAGACUAGAAAAGGAGGGGUUAAUCCUUCCGUUAUAAAGCAUGUUUACCCGAGUUGUAACUAAACCUGUUCUUACGUCUUCAGCAACAAACACAAUCUACGGCUACCGCUUAUUUGUCUCACAGUUCAAUACCAAAAAUUGUUGUUUUUUUAUUCCCAAUGCGACACA